AUGGGCCGCUCCGAGGAAGAUAUUGCCUGGGAGAAGAGCGAGGGAAUUCCUCAAGUCGAAGAUCCCUUUAUCCAAAAAUAUCUCAACGGUCGCGACGCACUUAUUGAACAAGAACACAAACAGAGACAUGAUUUUGCCUUCCGAAGUUCCAUGUCCGCAGUAGCCAAAGAAGCUUGCAGGAUUGUAUCCACAAUUCGCGAAAAAGAGCUUCGUGAAAUAUGGACCAAAGACAAUAAAGGUCCAGACGACGAAUUGUUGUACCCCGGGAUGAUGUUCACUGUUGCCCGCGAACGCAUGGAACAGACGAAACUCUGGAAAAUCUUGGAACAAAUGCCCAAAGGCGCGCUUCUACAUGCUCAUAUGGACGCCAUGUUCGACCUUGAUUUUUUGAUUGAUCAGGCAUUUGAGACUCCGGGAAUACAUAUGUCUGCUCCGGCGCCGUUGUUGACCAAGGAUGAUCUAGAAAUUGCACCGUUCACUUUCCAAUACUUGCCCCAUCAGCUCGAAGAUUCUGACAAUUUAGAGCCAACCUGGAGCAAAGACUAUAAACCUGCCUCGUUUAUCCAUAUACAGAAGUCUGCCGCCACAUUUCCUGAUGGAGGGGAAGCAGGGUUCCGACAAUGGCUCAAGAAUCGAAUGAUGAUCACAGCGGACCAUUCUUAUUAUCAUCACCAUGGCGUCAAUGCCAUAUGGGAAAUAUUUGUGCGCGUUUUCCCAAUUCUACAGUCUAUUAUAUUUUACGAACCAAUAUUCCGAACUUGCUUCCGACGUAUGCUUGCACAAUUGGCGAAAGACGGGAUCAGAUAUGUCGAUUUUAGAGCAGCGUUUGUAUUCGAAUGGCGCAAAACUGGAAGUGAGAAGACAGAAAGCGACUUUUUGGAGUUCUUUCGAGUUUUCAAGGAUGAAAUCGAGAAGUUUAAGGCCAGCGAGGAAGGUAAAGGUUUCUAUGGCGCUAGGAUGAUUUGGACGACUGUUCGUGCUUUUUCGAACAGAGAUAUUGUCGAUAGUAUGGAACAAUGUAUAAUUGCCAAGCAUGAAUACCCAGACAUAAUAUGUGGAUUUGAUCUGGUCGGUCAAGAAGACAAUGGAAGGACACUUGUCGAUCUUGUACCGUUGUUGUUCUGGUUCCGGAAAGUCUGUGCAGAAGAGGGAGUCGAAAUACCGUUUUUCUUUCAUGCGGGCGAAUGUCUUGGAGAUGGCGAUGAAACAGAUAAAAACCUCUACGAUGCCAUCCUACUGGGUACACGACGUAUCGGCCAUGGGUAUUCACUCUACAAGCAUCCCCUACUGAUCAAUCUAGUCAAGGAGAAGAAAAUUCUUAUCGAGUGUUGUCCCAUAUCCAACGAGAUCCUCCGCCUAUCAAGCACCAUCAAACAUCACUCUCUUCCCGCCCUCCUGUCCCGUGGGGUAUCCGUCUCUCUGAACAAUGACGAUCCUGCUAUACUAGGUCACGGCAGCAACGGACUUACCCAUGAUUUCUGGCAGACCCUCCAAGGUCUUGAAAAUCUGGGGUUGUCCGGACUUGCCACCAUGGCCGAAAACUCUAUCCGAUGGAGCUGCUUUGAGGAUCAGACUACUGCCGAAUGGCAGACUGAUAUUAAGCAAGGCAUAGCGGGUCAAGGGAUUAAAGCCAAGAGAUUGCAGGAAUGGUAUCAGGACUUUGAGAAGUUUUGUCAAUGGGUAGUGCUGGAAUUUGCGGACGAAAUUGACGAUUAG